CUGGGGGCGCGGGAGGUCCCGCGAGCGAGCCGGGCGCGCCGCUGCGCCGGGCCCCUGCGCCGCGCGCUCCCUGGCGCUCUGGCCCGCCGGCUCGCGGGGGACAGGCAGGAAUCGGAGCAGCACUGCCGCCUCUGGCGCGAAGGCUGAGGCGCCUCCUCCCGCCCCGCUCACUGUGGCUCGGCGCACGCUGCCGGCGGCUGCCCUUUCCGCCUCUGAGGAAGAAAAGCUCUCGGGUCGCUGCCGCGCUUGAGCCAUGGCCUCGGGCCGGAGGGGCUGGGACAGCUCCCACGAGGAUGAUCUGCCCGUGUACCUGGCCAGGCCGGGCACCACCGACCAGGUCCCGCGGCAGAAGUACGGCGGCAUGUUCUGCAACGUGGAGGGCGCCUUCGAGAGCAAGACGCUGGAUUUCGAUGCCCUGAGCGUGGGGCAGCGGGGCGCGAAGACUCCUCGGAGCAGCCAGGGCAGCGGCCGCAGCGCGGGGAGCCGGCCGGGGGUCGAGGGGGACACCCCGCGCCGGGGCCAAGGCCGGGAGGAGAGCAGGGAGCCCGCGCCCGCGCCGCCCGCGCCCGCCGGGGUGGAGAUUCGGAGCGCCACCGGCAAGGAGGUGUUGCAGAACCUCGGCCCCAAGGACAAGAGUGACCGUCUCCUUAUCAAGGGAGGCAGAAUCGUCAACGAUGAUCAAUCCUUUUAUGCCGAUAUUUACAUGGAAGAUGGCUUAAUAAAGCAAAUUGGAGACAAUCUGAUCGUCCCUGGAGGAGUGAAGACCAUCGAAGCCAACGGGAAGAUGGUGAUUCCUGGAGGCAUCGAUGUCCACACUCACUUCCAGAUGCCGUACAAGGGAAUGACCACAGUGGACGACUUCUUCCAAGGGACAAAGGCGGCCCUAGCAGGUGGCACCACCAUGAUCAUUGACCACGUGGUGCCCGAGCCCGAGUCCAGCCUGACUGAGGCCUAUGAGAAGUGGCGAGAGUGGGCCGAUGGGAAGAGCUGCUGUGACUAUGCCUUGCAUGUGGACGUCACCCACUGGAACGACAGCAUCAAGCAGGAAGUGCAGAACCUCAUCAAGGACAAAGGGGUUAACUCCUUCAUGGUUUACAUGGCCUAUAAGGAUUUGUAUCAAGUGUCCAACACAGAGCUCUAUGAGAUCUUCACCUGCCUGGGAGAGCUGGGGGCCAUUGCUCAAGUUCAUGCUGAGAACGGGGAUAUCAUUGCCCAGGAGCAAUCCCGCAUGUUGGAGAUGGGAAUAACUGGCCCAGAAGGCCAUGUACUGAGCAGACCAGAGGAGCUGGAAGCUGAGGCUGUGUUCCGUGCCAUCACCAUCGCCAGCCAAACCAAUUGCCCUCUCUACAUCACGAAGGUCAUGAGCAAGAGCGCGGCUGACCUCAUCUCGCAAGCCAGGAAAAAAGGAAACGUGGUCUUUGGCGAGCCCAUCACUGCCAGCCUGGGCAUAGAUGGAACCCAUUACUGGAGCAAGAACUGGGCCAAGGCGGCUGCGUUUGUGACAUCUCCACCUCUGAGUCCUGACCCAACCACUCCUGACUACAUCAACUCCCUGCUGGCCAGUGGGGAUCUGCAACUGUCUGGAAGCGCCCACUGCACCUUCAGCACUGCCCAGAAAGCGAUUGGGAAGGACAACUUCACAGCCAUUCCCGAGGGCACCAAUGGUGUGGAGGAGCGGAUGUCUGUCAUCUGGGACAAGGCCGUGGCCACAGGGAAAAUGGAUGAAAACCAGUUCGUGGCUGUGACAAGCACGAACGCUGCCAAGAUCUUCAACCUGUAUCCCCGCAAGGGAAGAAUAUCUGUGGGCUCUGACAGCGACCUGGUCAUCUGGGAUCCAGAUGCUGUGAAGAUCGUCUCUGCCAAGAACCACCAGUCUGCUGCGGAGUAUAACAUCUUUGAAGGGAUGGAGCUGCGCGGGGCUCCUCUGGUUGUCAUCUGCCAGGGCAAGAUCAUGCUGGAAGAUGGCAACCUGCACGUGACCCAGGGGGCCGGCCGCUUCAUCCCCUGCAGCCCGUUCUCCGACUAUGUCUACAAGCGCAUCAAAGCCCGGAGGAAGAUGGCAGACCUGCAUGCCGUCCCGAGGGGCAUGUAUGACGGGCCGGUGUUUGACCUGACCACCACCCCCAAAGGGGGCACCCCCGCGGGCUCAACCCGGGGCUCUCCCACUCGGCCAAACCCACCCGUGCGGAAUCUCCACCAGUCUGGGUUUAGUCUGUCAGGCACCCAGGUGGACGAGGGAGUCCGCUCCGCCAGCAAGCGCAUCGUGGCGCCCCCUGGAGGCCGUUCCAAUAUCACAUCCCUGAGUUAAGCAACCCACUCCCCAAAGAGAGGGGCAGAAGCAAGAAGAGAUUUUCUUGAAGCCAAAAUGGUACACCGAUAUUUAAGAAGGAAAGUGAAUCCAAACAGUUGCGAUCUAAAGAAUCAACAAGCCUCAAGCCUUAUGUUUCUCCAAUGUUAACGCUCGCUUGCCUAGCUUUACGAAUAUUGCUUUGUUUUCUGUUUAUGCAUAGCCUUGAUUCGUUCGGCCCCUCCCCAUUUACAUGCAUGCAGUCAGACAGGCCACUAAGGUAAAAGAGUCUGCUAUAUUAUUAUAGUGUUGAGAGCGUGUGUAGUGCUGCAUCUUACGACAAGGGGACAGACAAAGCUGGGAUGUCAGGGAAAUGGACAAAAGGGACGCAGGUUACUUGGGGUGAGUGGGUGGUGGGAGCCCGGAGCAAGGUGGAGGGCGCAGACAGAGGGGCUGGGGUUGGGCGUGUAGGCGGGGGGUGGGUGGGCCGGGUGAGGGUGAGCGGAAGGGGUGUUGUGUAUUGUGUUGACGACAUGCGUUUAUUUCCAUGGGAGACGGCCGCUUGUGGCAGCUGUCCCUUCGUCUCGGUCCCCUGGGCUCUGUGGAGAAGGCAGGCAGUCAUUGGGUUCUGGGCUUAUGUCACGUCCCCUCCUAGUAGAUUUUGUUUCUUUGAACAUUUAUUAAAAUGCCAAACCCAACCAUUUCUUCCACCUGCUUCACUGUUGCCAGUGUCUGCCCGGGCCUCCUUCUCAGUGUCGCUUCCAAACCCUCCUCUUUGCCGGGCUGGGGAGGGCGGACGGGGAGAGCGGGUGAUGCUUCUCCUCCUCUCGCCCUCCCUGCGCCUCUGGUGCUCUUGAAAGCCAACAGCUGCGGACACAGCACACAGGCCCUCGGAGGUGAGGGCGGCCGCAGCUUGCAGACGCCCCCCUCUAAUCACGAUGAUGAGUUCCCUCUCCCUCUCCUGUCUUUGCAAAACCCAAACCGAGAGGAGUAGCAUGCAUGCGUGCUUCCGCCUCCCGAGUCAGGAUUUCAGCUUAGAUGGGGCAGAAUGAAGGGCCUCUCUUGCCAGUGGUGAGUGAUUCUCUUGAUGUCCUGAGAUCCAGGUACAUCCGUAAUAACAGGAUCUUUCUUUUUGUUUCGAAAGUUGAUUUUAUUAGGUGUGUGUUCCCUUAUAUUUUACCGUUAAUGGGUACUUUCAGUAUACAUGGGAGUCAAGCAGGGAUUUGGGAAAGCCAGCCUCGAGCACAGGGAGCACAUUUUGUGCCUCCCCCACCCCUAACCCCCCCUUCUGUUUUCCUAUUCUAAAUCAUCCGUUUCCCCUCCCAUUAGCAGAGCCUCUGGGGGCUCUUUUUGUUUUGGUACCAGUAUGUCCCCAGGUGGGUGGAAACGCCAUGACGCAGCCCUCCCAGGGGGCACCCAAGGGAAAUUAGCACGGAGCGGAGCGUUUGCACCUGCCUGGCCUGUCACAGCUGAUGUCCAUUUCCCUCUCACGCCACUUCUAAAAGCUCGGUUUUGGAGCAAGUUCUGUGAGCAAGAUGAGGAUGUGUAGAACCAAGGCACCCAUUUGCAGGAAAAAAAUAUAUUCCACCCGGGAAUCAUACCUCUGCGCUCUUGGGCACCCGGCUGGUAGAACCCAUAGCCCUGUGUACUAAGUACUUUGAAGAGAAGAGCAGGCCUCAAACACCUUUUAAGUGCUUAGAAGAAACCGCUAUCUUUGACUUCAGGUUUUAGAAAGUUGAAGACUAGAGAAAAGCCAACACUUGGCUACAGAGGACUUUGGAAAUAGCCAAGGAAGAGGAUUUCCCCCUAGCAAGCUACUUUCUGCUCCAGUCAUGAAAAAGACGUUUCCCUGCUCAUAAUAGAGAAUCUUACUAUUUUAAGGCUCUCGUGGUGCUUUUCUUUUAAGGGAAACUUAGGUGAAAGGGAAAAAUGUAGCUCUUAAUUUGCAAUUCAAAGAUUUGGGGGCCUCCCGUAGAACUGAGAGUGGCAGUUUCAUACGCAGAGUUUUGCCGGAUCCAAACCAUAUACCUCAUUAGCUGGGCGGGGAUUUAGGAUAUAGAUUGCAGUUCCAGCCACAACCACCAGAGGGAGGAAAAGGCACAUAAAUAAACUCAAUUCUGAGCAUCCCCUUCUGCACCGUCUGCUCUGCCCUUACCCAGCUCCUGAGUCCAACUCAACCCUCCACAGCUUCUCUGUGCCAUGAAGAUAAAUCUUCCAUGGCCACGUGGGUCAUCUUCACCACGCCUGGGACUUCCAAAAUGGAAAUUCCCGUUGGAACUUUAUAUUCCACACAAGCUCUCCAUGCUGUAGGAACCACCCCUUCCUGCCCUCAGGAUGGGCAGCGUUAUCUGAGGAAGCCUCUCUUUCUUCACUUACCAUGACUAAAACUUAUUUCCCAAGCGUAGACAUUCCUGAGAAUUCCUAAAAAGAACUUCCACCAUUUUCUUAACAUGAGUACUGAGGGAUAUGUUUCUUAAGUUAAAAUUUAUAUUCAGAUUUGCUCUCUUCCCAUAAGACGCAUCAACCAGCCCUAGGCAGAGGGUUUAGGAAAAGAAACCGACGAGAGUCGUGGCCCUUUCUAAAAUCACAGGCACCUCAUCCGGAUGUGGGAAGGCUCCCCGGAUCUUGUCUCACUCCCAAGCUGUCUUUGCCAUCUCAUCCCGUGGCCGGGCCCCUCUCUGAGUGUGCCCCUGCCAUCCUCCCAACCCCCUCACAAUGUCCCUACACCCACAUGGCAAUCAGUUGGAGUUCUUUCUGAGAGGGCCACCAGCUAAAUUUUCUAGAAAUACCAGGAUUAUAGUCAUCCCCAAAAUGGGUUUUCUGUAAAGUCCAGUCAUCCUUUGAGCUUUUUCUUCAUGGCUGUUCCCAGAGUGUCACCCUCUUCCCCAAAGGCCUGACUUCCCUAAGCCUGGACUUUCACUCACCCCGAGCAGCCCUUUCCAACAGGGUGGACGAGUCCCCAACUUUGGUUCCUGCCACAAGCUUCCCGGGCCUUCUCCCCUGGAAAACUCCAGCUCGAGUCCCAGAUACACUCUUGGGCUGUCCCGGGCAGCCAGCAUUCAUUGUAAGUUUCCUCUUUGAAAACUGGUGUGUGGGUGUUCAGUUCUGUGUCUGGUGGAUAUGGACAGACAGUAACCCUCCCGUGAUCUGUGCUAGCAGUGAGGCAGCUCUGCGACGCAAAGAGCUGUUUGCUUUGAACCGUGAAGAAAACUGUGUUUUGAGUUUAGCUGAGAUUAAAGAAAACAAAAGUUCAUUAAGUGACUGUUAAUGUAAACCUGGUUAUUAAAAUAACUAUGAAAUUACCAA